CUCUAAAUAUAACUCCCCUUCAAAACAGACGGAGAGGGAAAAAAAAGCCGGAGCGGAAUUCUUACUCGGUGAAAAGCAAUCUGGAAAGUUGUCAGGAAAGAAUUUUCCCGGAUAUACUUGAUUUGCUUCUUCGCUAUGAGUUGCCUGGAUGUGAUGUACCACCAAAGCUAUGGAGCGCACUACCUCCCCGCAGCUGCGUACAAGGCGACAUACUAUAACCACCAUCAGCAGCAACAACAGAAGAAGCUAAGUGCUUACAACAAGAUGCAGGAGUGUAUGGAGCAGCAGCAGCCACCUCAAACUGAAGGAAGAGAGAUGAUGCAGAGACAUCAGGGUCCCACAGCAACACUUGCUGAAUCAGGUCGUAGAUCCCCAGAUGAACUGGAGUCAAAGGACGGUACCCAACCGGCUGAGGCAGAGUACUUGAGCUCGCGGUGUGUGCUGUUCACCUACUUUCAAGGAGACAUCGGUGACGUUGUGGACGAGCAUUUCUCCCGUGCUCUUAGUCAGUCCAGCUCCUUUGGCAUUGAGAGCAAGCCCAUUAAAGUGACUCAGGCAACUGUUGCUUCAACUAAUAACCCAUGGAAAGAUGGUGGUUCCUAUCCUGAUGGUCAGGGCAGUUCACCUUGGAGCAGCCCUUUCCCACCUCAAGCCAACUCCUGCCUCCCAUCGGUUUCUGUCUCAGUCCACCCAGAGUUCUCCUCCAGCCCCGUCUCCUUCAGCCAUCCAGAUGGAGCUCUGUGGGCCACCCACGUGCUUUCCCAAGCCAGCAUCCCGUCUCCAGCUUCCCUCUCUGACAGCUGGACCUACAGUCUGAGCCCCCAGAGCCCAAGUGGUUACCCCAGCGUUCACGAAGUCUACCACUCACAUCCACGGUCCCACCCCCACAUCCACACAAGGCACCAUCACUCCGUGCUUCAUUCGUACCCACCCCACAGCCCAGCUUUGGACCCCAGGUUCAACGCGUUGCUGCUGCCGGGUGUUAGGAGCCAAGGUCAGGCUGCCACCAGCACUGGUAGCUCCCCGCAUAGCGAAGGGGGGAAAACGGAGAUGGAUCUCAGCAGCAACAGCUCCGUCUCUGCAGCCUCUGUCACCUGGACGCCUCCACCUCUCCAUGGCUCUUUGGAGGCAUAUGAUGCAGCUGUUGAUCAGACCAAGGCGAAGGCGUCCAUUUGGUUCUGACGGAUGAACAGAAGACGGACUAUCUGCUCACACCAAAAACGGACUAACUAUGUGGCUUUAUCAAAGUAUGGCUGCAUCACCAGCACUGUAAUGUAAAGUAUAGAUGAAGAAUAUUAGCAACAGUUUCAUUUGUGUAAGCGUCCUCUCAACACUAAUGGAGAUGAACUCAGGCUUGGACUGGUGUGACAAUCAUGCUUCGGUGACCUGUCACGACCACUCAAAUGAUAGCAAGAGACUACUAGCUUUAGAAAUAGAAAACAUUUGUCUGUUGGUGCAAAUCUAUUCCUUUUUAUUUAAUGUGAGACCAAGCAGUUCUGUUUAAAGAGCUUGAUUAUGAUCCACAUUAUUUUUGUAUCGUUAAUGUUUGUUUAAUGUACAUUGCUUGCUGUGUGUGUGUGUGUGUGUGUGUGUGUGUGUGUGUGUGUCUGUGUGUCUGUGUGUACUGUCUUACUAUGCUAAACUGUUAUUUGCUUAAAUGGCUCCUAUGCUUAUUUGCCUUCAGAAAUGUGUAGUGUAUAUACUGUUGCUUUUUGCUGAAGUAAUAAAUUAAUAAAAAAAAUUAAAAAA